AUGGGUGGCAUGGUGGGGGCAGGAAAGCCUCACUCGCUGAGUGGCAUCAGCCUGCAGCGCAUCCCAAAGUAUAUUUCAAACUUCUGGGGUCUCGACCAAUCUGGUUUCUCGAGCGCUGUCUGCACGUGCCGUGAGCACUGCCAGCACUCUGACGCGGAACUGGAGAUUCGCUUCCUUUUCCUAUCUGGUCAACAGCUGUGCUUGCGAUUCCGUCGGGAAGCGACGGUUCACACGGCGCGACAACACAUUGCCUUCCUUUGUUGUGUCCCCAAGCAGGCUGUACAGCUACUUUGUGCCGGACGUCUUUUGCAGGAGGAGGUGCAGCUUGCGUCCCUGGGCGGGGACUGCGUGCAGGUCAUCUUCAACGCAAGCUGCUUGCGCAAAGGAGGCGCCCCCACUCAGCUUGCAAAGCUGGGCGUCUGGCAUGGCUUGAAGGUUCGAUCGUGGCUGUUGAACUCCGUGGUCACUGAGUCCCAUGGUGUUCUGCGACAGUCACACAGUCUUCGUGGUGACCGUAUGAGCUUCCACUACUCUGCCAAAGAUGCAGAUGGCUCCUACGCGUUGGUUUCAAGCCGUCGGAAAGGACAUGCCGUGUGCCGACAGUUUGCAUUGGGCAUCGAGGGGUUGGACCUGUACCGUGGCAGAAUCUAUCGAUGCCUACCAGACAAGGAAUACUUGCUAUGUGACGGCUUGGGAGGACAAAGCUUUGCAGGCCGCAAGAAAGCCGCCCUGUCGGAGAUGGAGAUGCCGCACAGUGACACGCGCGAAAUGGGAUUGUUGCACUUCAAGACAAAAAGGCGUGUUGGGAGGCUGCACAUCGAAUUCGCGAUGCCGCCCUCAACGCAGGAUUGCGACCAAACGGCGAUGCUCCCGCAGCCACUCUGGAAGCUUUACCGCGAAAGGAGGUGGGAAGAACUGCAUGUCCUGUCCGGCAGCGCCGAUGAUGGGACCGUUGAGCUGCUGUUGGACGGUGAGCGCAUCUUUGGAACCCUCUAUCGGACCGCCGGACCUGCCGACCCGACCGGCUGGCAGAUGGCAGCAUAUCGCUUGAGCGAGGCACGGCGAGGGCGGCGGCUGGACGACGAGUCACUGGCAUCACCCCGCGGAGGGAACCCCUCGCGGAGCAGCUCUCGCAGGUUGGAAGCUUCCGUCAUUAACGACCGCGACCGGUUGGUUCGCGACGUGAAGGCCGUGGCCGAUGCUCAGGGUCGGCUGGUGCGUGUGAUCGAAGAUGUUUCCCAAGAGCUCUCGCAACGCUUAGCCGAGCACGAUCGCCAGCUUGCAGAUCAUUCCGUGAACCAAAUCUCCUUACGCGAUGCUCUCCACAAGUUUCAGCUGGAAGAAGUCGCUCGUCAUGAUUCGCUUGCUGCGGAAUACCUGCGGCUCCGAACCGGCGAUGGGGACGCAGCUGCCAGGCUCACAUUUUUGGAGUCCAAAGUGGUCGGCAUUGACAAGGUUCACGCAAGCCUCAACGGCAAGUUUGCCGAGCUGGAACAGGCUGCAAAUGGUCUGCCAGCAAGAAUUCAGGAUGCGCAAGUUAUGCAUCAGAAGCAUUUGCAAGACAUGUACCAGAAACUCCUUCGCAACAUGGAAGAACAAAGAGCUGAAUUCUUCCAAUUCCAGGGACAGGUCUCAUCACGCUCCCAUUCCGAUGGGCUCCUGAGUUUGCAGAAGCAGUUCGAACAGCAUCGGCAAGAGUUGGAUUCAAGACUCCAGGCAAUGGGCCCACAUGCUCUGCUUCCUCAGAUGCAGCAGCAUUUGGAGACAAGCUUGCUACAACAGCUGUCAACGCACCGGCAAGAGCUAGAUUCCAGACUCCAAGCAGUAGGACCCGAUGCUUUGCUUCCGCAGUUGGAGCAGCAUCUGGAGAAGACACUGCUGCAACAGCUGUCCACUCAGCUGUCCUCCCAAUUGCAUCAGAUACUUCAGCAACAACUGGAAGUACAUGUGCAGCCGCAGCUUCAGCAGCAACUGGAGCAGCAGGUGCAGCAGCACUUGAAGGCCCACUACUCCGUGGGGAUUCAAGAGCUGCGAGACAUGUGUGAAACAGAAGCGAGAAGAAGCAAGGACCUCGCCAGCCAGCUGAGGCAGCGCUUGCGAGAGCAAGACGGCAUUAUCGCAGAGGGUCAAGAAGCCUUGCGCCAGGAGGCUGUCAAGCGAGAACAGCAUUUGGCAGAGUUGCAGGAUGCAGCACAGCGGUUAGCGCAGACUGCAAUGGAACGUGCGCAGGCUUCCACUGAGGCUCAUGCCCACGUCUUUUCCACAUCCUCUUCUUUGGCGAAUCGCCUGGCUGUGGUGGAAGGGGAACUUCAAAGCGCUCAACGUCAGGAGAAGGAACGUCAGCAGAAGAGGAUUGCUCGACUUGAAGAGGACUUAGCGAAGUCGCCAGUGCUGUCACCGAGGGACAAAGUUGGCCCGAACGCUUUCGAUCAGCCGAACCUUCUUCGCGCUUUAGAUGAGCUUCGAGUUCAGAUCUUCGCGGAGCUCAGUGAUGCUCGAAAGCACGCUCAGCAUCUCAGCGCGCGAAUUUCGAGCUGCGAAGCCGUUGUGGCAGAGUUGCAGCAGGUGGCCAGAUCUUCGAACACGUUGCCUGCCUUCCUUGCGCAGGCGUCUCCCAAGCAUGGUGCUUCGAACAGCGACAGCUGCCCUACCACGCCUGAUUGGCCAGUGUCUGCCUGGCCGGGGCAGGGGCAGGCUGGAGAGCCAGCAAGUCGCUCAUCAAAGCUUUGCAGCUUGCCUCCACCGGAUGCUAGCCAGACGAACGGCCUGGGACCUUCCGCGGCCUCUCAGGAGACUCUGCGACGUCCUUCGGACUCACCGACUCCCAGCUCUCCGAAGGCAACUUCUACUGUCCACUCGAAAGGUGCUGCAGGUAGCUCUGGCCAUGGCUCAGCCUUGCUUGGCAACAUGCCAGAGGGUCCUAAGCUGUCCCAUGGAUCGCAUGGAGCGCUGCAGGACUCGCCUGGAAAGUCUCCUCAAGGAUCGACACGAUUUGGUGUUCUGCCACCCCCGAAGGUCACGCCGUCAACACCGCUGCCUUUGCAGGCCGAAUAG